GCGCCUCAACGGCUAGAAGGAUUUGAGAGCGUUGUGUUAAGUUGUGCUAAUAAUCUCCAUCCAUAAAUAAACAAAAUUUUAUUGUUUGCGCCAAGCGAUUGAAAGUUAUAGUCAUUUCAAAUAAUUUACGAGAGUUGUAUUUAUAAAAUAAAUGAAAAUAAUAAAAUUAUUUAUACUAUAAUAAUAAGUUAAGUUACUCUAUAAAUAUUUAAUGAUAAACAUGUAAAUAGUGUUUGAAUGUACAUAGCCGUUAUAACAGACCCGACUCUCAAUUUAAAUUUUUAUUGAAGAUAGUUAUCAAUUGACUGUGUAUUGAGUGUAUUACAAUAAAAAAUUGUCAAAGUUAAUUUAUUAAAUUAAAAUGGAAGAUUUUAAUGAUGCUGUCGACGGUAAACUUGCAUCUCGGAUGCGACAGGCUAAUCCAGAACAAUUUUAUACUCUUGUUAAAAUGCACUUGUCAUUUGAAUUAGAUAUUAAUACAGAAGAUAAUGAUCCAGUAACAGAAAAAGCUAAAUUAAAAAAGUGGGGAUUGUUGAAUUUUUCAAAAAAACCCAAAUCAAUGAUGAUGAAUUUACAUAAUCAAAAGCAUGGUGUUAGUCCGGAAGGUUCAGCGUUAACGACGGAAGGAAUUAAUCAAGUCAAGCUACUGAUAGCAUAUUUGUCCAAAGAACAAUGUAUUAGUCAAGAAGGAAUAUUUCGAAGAACAGGAAAAUUAAAACGUCAACAAGACUUGAAGUUACUUUUAUACCAAGGUCAAUCGCUGAAUCUUGAAGACGGUACCUAUAAUGUUCACGAUUGUGCUUCUGUAUUGAAGAGUUUCUUGGCAGAAUUAUCUGAGCCAUUAUUAACAGAAUUAUAUUAUCCCAUUCAUUGUCAAAUAGCCGAACUGUGUAACUCGGACUCAAUGGCUAUGGACUCAAGACUUUUGACUUCAAUUCAAUUGCUGUUAUUAUUAUUGCCAUCAAAUAACCGAAUUUUAUUGAAACAUCUGCUCAAUCUUCUUAAUAAAACCGCUACUUAUGAAAGUAGUAAUAAAAUGAAUUGUGAUACAUUAGCGACGCUCUUUACUCCGCACUUGAUGUGUCCUAGAAAAUUAACACCUGAAGCAUUACAUGUCAACUCACAGCAUUUAUCCUGUUUAGUAGCAUUUAUGAUUAAGAAAGGUGAAGAAUUAUUUGAGAUACCGGUGAAAUUGGCUACUGAUAUACGAGCAUAUUGGGUUGAUCAAGAAAGAAAAUUAUUGAGCCCUAACAACAAAGAUUUGAAUGAAUCAAUGUCAGAUACGACAAGCACUGCGCAUACAGUAUUCAGUUUUGUAGAUCAUAAAUUAACUGCUAAAGCUAAUUCAACAGAAGAUACACAAGCAGCAUUAGCACAAUUAUAUGCUCAUAUACAGGCAAUGCCGGAAUCAGCUAAAAAACGUCGACUAGUGAAACAAUUCAAUAAAGAAAAUGGUCAAGGUACACCUCGUCAUAUAAAACAUCAACUACGCACUAAAAGUCUUGGAGAUUCCAUAAAAAAACAUAUUUUCCAAAAGAAAAUAUUGGGCAAUAAAAAAUUAAUAGACAUUAAUAUUGGAUGUAAUAUUAGCAGAUGCAGUAGUGAAGAAAAUUUACACUUCGACAAAUAUAAUAAAAAAUCAAUGCUAUCGUCGCAAAAAUCAUUAAGUAAAUCAGAAGACGAACUUAGUACUGAUAGUUUUAUAUCACUGGACAUUGAUAAUAAUCUCAAUCAUUCCAAGUGUAAAAGUGAUAGAGCUGACUGUUUGAGUACGCCUAGUAUCGGACGUAAAAUCAAAAAGAAAUUGGUUGUACUAGAUCUAGAUACCGAAAAUCAUAGUAUAUGUAAAGAGUCGCCUGUCACUGAUCAAGAAGGUUUAUUGGAUAUAAUGAAGUCUUCCGAAAAUGUUUGUAUAACAUCUGAUAAAUCGAUUGGAGAAGUUAGUGAAAUAAAAUCAAAGGAACAACCUUUGCUAGAUAUUACAAAUAAUGUCCGCCGUCACAGUAGUGAGCCAUCAGAUGUCUAUUCCUCGAAAGAAUUGGUUGAUAAAAGUCCUACUGCGUCAAUAUCCAGUAAAUCUGAUUCAAUUUUACCGCCUAGAAGUUCACCAGACAAUGAAAUUUUAACAAUUCCAGGUUGUUCGGAAAUUUCGAAACCGGUCAGUAGUUGUAGUAAAAAAAGUAGUACAAAAGGAAACAGUUCAUCGCCAAAAUUAAAAACUAAACUUUGGCUGGCACAUAGCGCUGCUUACACGUCAACUCCAUCGGAUUUAUUACGGCGUAAUUUACCUAGUGAUUAUGGAUUAACUCCUAUUACUAGUAAUGAUAAGAGCAUGAGUCCUAUUACUCAAAGCGCUACUAAAAUGACUAAAGCUAUGCAGGAGACAAUGAUGACUCCAAGAUCUAGAAAACCAGUGAUGAUAUUGUCCGCGACUAAUCUUUGCAAUCUAUCGAGCGUGAACAAAGCCGACGGCCAAUCAGAGCCCGCUAAUCAAUUAAAAGUUGUCAAUAUUGAUAUCGACGGUGACGGUACCGAUGAUUCAAUAAGUGAAGAGUCGCCUAUGUCAAAAAUAGAUAGUGUUGACGUUAGAAAAAUAUCCUCCGAGGUAAAUUCAGAAAACUAUCCAGAUCAUCGGCGCCAAACUAAUCCAGAACUAAAUGCUACUAAUCUAAAUGAUGAUUGUAUUAAUACACAACCAAGUUGCAUGUCAAUAACGAGUACUUUCAGAGAGUACUUAUUAUCUCGCAGUGUUUUAACAGCUAGUCCGGUGGAUUUAAGUUUUACAUCACGAACAGAUGAUUAUGAACAAUCAGAAUCAGAUUUUAAUGGGCUAGAUGAAAAUGGUUUGUCUGACAGUUUAUUGCAUUGUCUAGAUGGUAAUAUUCCAAGUUCUGAUACAUCUGGGGUAGUUUCUGGUAGCACUAAUGACAGUUUUAGUAAUUCUACGGAAAAAAUGCAAGAUGGUAAUCUUUCACCACGUAAACGUAGCACGAGCUUACAACGAAAUGAUUCGAAACGGUCAGUUAAAAGUUGUCAACAUUUAAACGAUUCUCAAGAAUGCGAUGAUAAUGUAAUUAUAAAUCCUGCUAAUGAAAUAACUAUAAACUCAAUUGAUUUGAAAGAUACUUUUCAAGAAACUUCGUUUUAAAGUUAUAUUAUUAUUAUUAUUAGAUUUUCUAUACUUAAGUCUGUAAGUAAAGGCAAUCAAUUAUUGACAAAUAAAUAUUUUUUAUUACCUUAA